GGGGGCGGGGCGCACGCGUUGGGAAGAUGGCGCUACGUCUGUUGCGGAGGGCGGUGCGUGGAGCGGCGGCGACGCUGCCGAGGCUGAACGCAUCUCUGGCAGCUGUGUCCGGGCAUGGAUAUAGUUCCUCAUCCAGUCACAAGUACAUUCCCCGGAGGGCAGUGCUCUAUGUACCUGGAAAUGAUGAAAAGAAAAUACAGAAGAUUCCGUCCCUGCAUGUAGAUUGUGCGGUGCUCGAUUGUGAGGAUGGUGUGGCUGUGAACAAAAAGCUUGAAGCUCGAUUAAGAAUAGUAAAAACUCUUGAAGACUUUGAUCUGGGCCCAACUGAAAAGUGUGUGCGAGUCAACUCAGUGUCCAGUGGUCUGGCUGAAGAAGACUUGGAGGCCCUCCUGCAAUCCCGGGUCCUUCCUUCCAGCCUAAUGCUACCGAAGGUGGAAGGUCCUGAAGAAAUCCAGUGGUUUUCAGACAAAUUUUCAUUCUACUUAAAAGGCCGAAAACUUGAACAGCCUAUGAAUUUAAUCCCUUUUGUGGAAACUGCAAUGGGUUUGCUCAAUUUUAAGGCAGUGUGUGAAGAAGCAGUAAAGACCGGGCCUCGAGUGGGUCUUUUUCUAGAUGCAGUCGUUUUUGGAGGAGAAGACUUUCGAGCCAGUAUAGGUGCAACAAGUAGUAAAGAAACCCAAGAUAUUCUCUACGCCCGACAAAAGAUUAUUGUUGUAGCGAAGGCCUUUGGUCUCCAGGCCAUAGAUCUGGUGUACAUCGACUUUCGAGACGGAGAGGGCCUUCUCAGGCAGUCACGAGAAGGAGCUGCAAUGGGAUUUACUGGUAAGCAGGUGAUACACCCUAACCAAAUUGCAGUCGUCCAGGAGCAGUCUCCAUCCCCUGAAAAAAUUAAGUGGGGAGAACUGAUUGCUGCCUUUAAAGAACAUCAACAAUUAGGAAAGGGAGCCUUUACUUUCCAAGGGAGCAUGAUCGACAUGCCAUUACUGAAGCAAGCCCAGAACAUUGUUACGCUUGCCACAUCCAUCAAGGAAAAAUGAUCUGGCUAAAGGGUAUUGAAGCUGCGAAGGAUCAACUUGUGUUUGCCAGAGGACGCCAAUGAAAUUUGAAACACCAACAAUCAGAGAUUUUGUUUCUGCUCCUCAUUAAAUCAUGAGCUUUUGUGUUGAGACUCUGGACGACUGUUCUUUAAGAAAUUAACAGAAUGGGAAGUUUUAAACUCUACACCAACCUUUUCAUGACCUACACAGCAGCAAGGCUGCUACUCUUAGACAAACACCGCAGGGAAGGCUGUUCUGUUUAUUUAAAUUUGUAAAUAGAAAACAGUUGUUUUUUAUCUUCAGUUUUCGCCUCCUCCUAUGCCCUUUUUGUUUAUUUCCUACGCGGCCCCUACUAUGUACCCCAACAAGGGGUCUACUUUCCCCCUACCUCUUCCAUUCCUACAGGAAGCCCAAGAGGGGAGUAGAAUUGAAGUUAUAUACAAGGAAAGGCACCGUGGAAUCAAACCAAAGUGGGAGGGUCCCAUACGCCAUCACGCAACACCCACCCACCCACCGCUGGGCAGGAAGUGCACAAUCCAGUUCUGACAGUCCAGCAGAUGAACCUGACCCAGGCAGGAUGGUUCUGGGGAAACACAUUCUUGAGACACCAACUAAUAUUCCCAAACAUGGGACGUGAGGAGACAGCUCUUAAACUGAGAAGGGAUGUGCCAGGCUGGGGUCCUAGCCUGCCUUGGGCAACACACCUCCCCUCCUUGGGGCACCCCCUUCACCCACUCAAGAGCACUGUCACCUGUCACCUUAGUCACCCUGUGCUGCCUCAGAGGUAGCUGGAAAGGAAGGUGAGAGCUAGCCCCAUCCUCAUGGGGAGGGGCUAGAAGGAGAAAGAUGGCAUCUCAGCCAACUUCCGAGAUGAUUGUCCUCCAGCCAAACUGGGCUUCAGGACUGCGGACAGGGGCAGUGCGUGGCAGUUACAGGAGAAGCAGCCCCCACCCCAUCCUGCUGUAGCAGUUGUGCCCACCUAUGCCAGUCGUCAGGUAUUCACAAGGGUCAUCUAGGACCAUAGGUGUCCCACAGUCAGACCUGUGUAUUUAAAAUGCAGAAACACAGGAGGACUGCUCAGAAGACAAAGACCUCCUCUCCUUCUGACCUGUCUCACACAUAGACACCCCUCAGGGUGCUAGAUGUAUAGGCAGGACCUGUCUUAAAGAAAAAAUAAAAACCUUCCUUCAUCCUUCCCCAUAGGCAACCCCACUUCAACCCAAGUGUCCUUGCCGCUCUUUGUGUUGGUCCAGAUAACCCCUCCAGGUUUUGGCAGGAUGAAAGGGCAGAUGUUCUAGUCUCCACCCCAGUUACAUAGGCAACCCCCAAGCUGUAGGUGGGCCUCAAGCCACCGAGCUCACCAAGAGUCAAAUCCUCCCUCUGAGGGCACGUCCGAUGCCGGGGUGAAGGCAUUUGGACCUCGGGAAAAGCUGUCCCCUCAGCAACCUCUCUGGGUGGUGCAAGAGCCUGGAUGUGGCUAGGUCUCCCCACCCCCAUCACCAACAGGCCUGUGGGGUCCUAGGUCCCUGACCAUGUUGGCCCAGUCACCAUGCCCUUUAUCACAAAACCACUUUGCUCAAA